GAACUAUGUGAUGACAUUAUCGCCUUCCCCUUUGCCCUCUGGGCCUCCCUUCCCCAGAGAGGGCCUGGAUAUGCUAAAUCUCUAUUAUAUAAGGAGUAUAUAUUUGAACUUUUUAAGUUGCCUUUAGUUUUGGUCCUGAUUUUUCUUUUUACCAGUAUCAAAAUAAAAUUUAUUAAGAAAAUGGAUCCUGUAGUUGGAGGGUUUGGUCUGGAUAUCGAGCCCUGCCCCUUGGAAAGCCAGUGAAUCCACGAAACCCCAGUUCUUUCCAGCGGGGCCUGGGAACUCUCCGCUGGGGGAACCUACAUUGCCAGGACCCUGUUUCUGCCGCCCAGCCCGGCGCUCAGCCUGACGGAGGCGGAGGCGGAGGCGGAGGCGGAGCUCUUUGUGGGAAAUGAGUUGAAUCACCCUGGUGACGGGAGGGGCGCGGAGCAACGCCCUUUCCGCCGGAAGCGCGUGUCAGAGCCUCCACGUGCUGUCCCUCCCCCCUCCCGGCCCGGUAGCGGUGGCUCCGCUGCUGCCAUGGAGCCCGCCGGCCUGGAGCAGGUCCUACGGGAGCUGCUGCUGCCGGACACCGAGCGCAUCCGCCGGGCCACCGAGCAGCUCCAGAUCGCUCUUCGGGACCCCGCCGCCCUGCCCGCGCUCUGCGACCUGUUGGCCUCGGCGGCCGACCCUCAGAUCCGCCAGUUUGCGGCGGUGCUGACUCGCAGACGACUGAGCGGCCGCUGGCGACGGCUGGCGGCGGAGCAGCGGGAGAGCCUCAAGUCCCUGGUCCUGGCGGCUCUGCAGAAAGAGACAGAACACUCUGUGAGCCUCAGCCUGGCCCAACUCACAGCCACCAUUUUUCGAAAGGAAGGCCUGGAGGCCUGGCCCCAGCUCAUGCAGCUUCUUCAGCACAGUACCCACAGCGCCCACAUCCCCGAGAGAGAGAUGGGGCUCUUACUGCUAAGUGUGGUGGUGGCCUCCCAGCCUGAGGCCUUCCAGCCCCACCACCGGGAGCUGUUGCGGCUUCUGAAUGAGACCUUUGGCGAGGUGGGCUCUCCUGGACUGCUCUUCUACUCCUCGCGCACUCUGACCACCAUGGUCCCCUACCUCGGUACUGAGGAAGUGCCUCUCGCGCGGAUGUUGGUGCCCAAGCUCAUUGUGGCCGUGCAGGCUCUGAUCCCCGUAGAUGAGGCAAAGGCCUGUGAGGCUCUGGAAGCCCUGGAUGAACUGCUGGAAUCAGAAGUGCCCAUCAUCACCCCCCAUCUCUCUGAGGUCCUCACAUUCUGCCUGCAGGUGGCUGGAAAUGUGGCCCUGGGCAAUGAAGUACGUGUGCGUGUUCUUUCCUGCCUCACUUUCUUGAUCAAAGUCAAGAGCAAGGCUUUAUUGAAGAAUCGUCUCCUGCCACCCUUGCUGCACACCCUUUUUCCCAUUAUGGCUGCCGAGCCCCCACCGGGCCAGCUGGAUCCUGAGGACCAGGACUCAGAAGAGGAAGAGCUGGAGAUCGGACUGGUGGGGGAAACUCCCAAGCACUUUGCUGUACAGGUCGUGGACAUGCUGGCACUCCACCUGCCCCCUGAGAAGCUCUGUCCCCAGCUGAUGCCCAUGCUGGAAGAGGCCUUGAGGAGCGAGAGCCCAUACCAGCGCAAGGCUGGGCUCCUGGUGCUGGCCGUGCUGUCCGAUGGGGCUGGUGACCACAUCCGGCAGAGGCUGCUGUCCCCGCUGCUGCAGAUUGUGUGCAAGGGCCUGGAGGACCCAUCACAAGUUGUGCGCAAUGCUGCACUGUUUGCCCUGGGCCAAUUCUCAGAGAACCUGCAGCCCCACAUAAGCAGCUAUUCGGAGGAGGUAAUGCCCCUGCUCCUCGCCUACCUGAAGUCAGUGCUGCCCGGGCACACACACCACCUAGCCAAGGCCUGUUAUGCUCUGGAGAACUUUGUGGAGAACCUAGGGUCCAAGGUGCAGCCCUACCUUCCGGAGCUUAUGGAGUGUAUGCUGCAGCCUCUGAGGAACCCCAGCAAGCCCUGGGCCAAGGAGCUGGCUGUGAGCGCCCUUGGGGCCAUUGCCACGGCUGCCCAGGCCUCUCUGCUGCCCUACUUCCCUGCCAUCAUGGAGCACCUGAGGGAGUUCCUGGUGACAGGCCAUGAGGACCUUCAGCCCGUGCAGAUCCAGAGCCUGGAGACACUGGGGGUGCUGGCUCGAGCAGUGGGGGAGCCCAUGAGGCCCCUGGCUGAGGAAUGCUGCCAGCUGGGGCUGGGCCUUUGCGACCAGGUAGACGACCCUGAUUUGCGGCGCUGCACGUACAGCCUGUUUGCAGCCUUAUCAGGGCUGAUGGGUGAGGGCCUGGCUCCCCACCUGCCACAGAUCACCACGCUCAUGCUGUCGUCACUGCGAUCCACUGAGGGCAUUGUGCCUCAGUAUGACGGGAGCAGUUCGUUCCUUCUGUUUGACAAUGAGAGCGAAGGGGAGGAGGAAGAGGAGCUCAUGGAUGAGGAUGUGGAAGAGGACGAUGACUCGGAGAUCUCAGGGUACAGUGUGGAGAAUGCCUUCUUCGACGAGAAGGAAGACGCCUGUACUGCCCUGGGGGAGAUCUCUGUGAAUGCCAGUGUGGCCUUCCUUCCUUACAUGGAGAGUGUCUUUGAAGAAGCAUUCAAACUGCUGGAGUGCCCUCACCCGAGUGUGCGGAAGGCGGCCUACGAGGCCCUGGGUCAGUUCUGCUGUGCAUUGCACAAAGCUGGUCAGAGCUGCCCUUCAGAGCCCAACACUGCCGCUCUGCAGGCUGCCCUGGCCCGGGUGGUGCCAUCCUACCUGCAGGCGGUGAACCGGGAGCGGGAGUGCCAGGUGGUGAUGGCCGUGCUGGAGGCCCUGACAGGUGUGCUGCGUACCUGCGGGACCUUCGUGCUACAGCCCCCUGGGCGCCUCGCUGAGCUCUGUAGUAUGCUUAAGGCCGUGUUGCAGAGGAAGACCACCUGUCAGGACGCUGAUGAAGAAGAAGAGGAGGAGGAUCAGGCCGAAUAUGACGCCAUGUUGCUGGAGCAUGCUGGAGAAGCCAUCCCUGCCUUGGCAGCUGCAGCUGGGGGGGACACCUUUGCUCCCUUCUUUGCCGGUUUCUUACCAUUAUUGCUAUGCAAGACAAAACAGGGCUGCACAGUGGCAGAGAAGUCCUUUGCGGUAGGGACGCUGGCAGAGUCCAUUCAGGGCCUAGGUGCCGCCUCUGCCCAGUUUGUCUCCCGGCUGCUGCCAGUGCUGCUGAGUGCUGCCCGGGAGGCAGACCCCGAGGUGCGGAGCAAUGCCAUUUUUGGGCUGGGUGUGCUGGCAGAGCACGGGGGCCACCCUGCCCAGGAAUACUUCCCCAAGCUGCUGGGGCUCCUGUUGCCCCUCCUGGCACGGGAGCGCCAUGAUCGUGUCCGUGACAACAUCUGUGGGGCCCUCGCCCGCCUGCUGAUGGCCAGCCCCACGAGGAAACCGGAGCCCCAGGUGCUGGCUGCCUUGCUGCAUGCUCUGCCGCUCAAGGAGGACUUGGAGGAGUGGGUCACCAUAGGGCACCUCUUCAGCUUCCUGUACCAGAGCAGCCCCGACCAGGUUGUAGACGUGGCUCCUGAACUCUUGCGCAUCUGCAGCCUUGUUCUGGCUGACAACAAGAUCCCACCAGAUACCAAGGCCUCCCUGCUGCUGCUCCUCACGUUCCUAGCCAAACAGCAUGCUGACAACUUCCAAACAGCCCUGGGCUCACUGCCUGGUGACAAGGCUCAGGAGCUGCAGGCCAUGCUGGGCCUCACCUAGACUGUGGGCUGUGGCCAGGCCAGAGACAGCAGAGCUGGCCCAGGCCUCAAGACCACCUCUCGGCCCAACUCCAGCUGGCACCCUACCAAAGAUUCUGGGCCUCAUGUCCUUUUGGAGACUCAGCCUUGCUUGCUGCCUUAGAGGACCAUGUCUGGGGCUGGAUCUGUUGUGCUGUGGGACAACACAGAUGGAGUCUUGACUUCCUACUGUAAUAAAGGCAGUUUGUUUUCUGCUUUAAUAA